UAUAACGAUACUAGUGUCAGGUCUGGAUCUCAAUAAAUUAUCUACAUUCAAGCUUUCAAAACUAGUUACUGACAAACUUUUAAAGCGCCUGUGUGAAAGAAAAAAUGGAGGUUAAUUGCGAGAUAUUGCUGUACCUUGAUAGAAGGCGUUUAUUGGAUGAUAUGAAAAUCGAAUGCAAAGAGUUCUUGAAGGAGCUUUCAGAAAAACCUAUGAAUAGAUUCUUACCGUUUCGCUAUGUGUUAGAAGUUGAUGUAAUGAAGUUACUUGACGAGUUUCCAGACCUUGGUAAGAUGCUUUUGGAGGAACCAUUGGCUUGGAACCAGAUUGCUUCGGAUAUAUUGUAUUCGUGUCUGCAGACUUUGAUACGUGAUGCAGACUGCCAGGUGGACCCAGCACAAGUGGCCGUCACAUUGCGUCUGUACGCCCUACCCCGUAUACUAUGCCGCCCCAACAGACGUUAUAAUACUGGACUCGUAUCUUUUGAGGGGAUACUGAUACACACAUCUAAACCAACCAGCUAUGUUUACCAUACAGUUUGGUCCUGCCCUGAACAAUGUGAAGGAAACGAAAUUGUCUUGCAAUACAUACCCAAGUCUUCACCAAAGUGUUGCAUUUGCAGAAGUGUACUGUUUGAGAAUAGUGGCAUGAGAAGAUGUGGCGAAAAGGUAAAAACUACGUUUUUGUUGAAUAAUGGUAAAUUUGCUAAAACUUUUGUGAUAGUUGACGACUUGAUAUCAAAGUUAAAAGAAGGAGCGAGCUAUCUGUUGGCUGGGUCAGUCAUCAAAAAAAUAACGGCAAUAUGGUUGUUAGAAGAAGUCACUACCCUCGCUGCACCAAUAACAUGCGUUGCACCAAUCGAUAUACAGAAACUUUAUGAUGUGUGCGACGGACUUUCAUGGAAGUUUAUUUAUUGCCUAGCGUCGAGCCUAGGCACAAAUGUUUGCCCAUUAAAUUGCUUCAUGCACCUAAAAAUAAGCCUCCUACUAAGUCUAGCUAGCAUCAGAGCAAAUACUCUAACUGGGUCGUCAAUAUUGCAUGUGUUAGUGGCCGGUUUCGACACGAGUGUGGUUGCAGACAUUAUGACAGAAGCCUCUAAGUUGGCCGAAAGGAAUGUAUUGUUGGGAACGACCAACACGUCUGUUGCAACGGCACUGGUGGGAAGUUCUGGAGGAGUGUGUGUGAUGCCGCUUCCCCUGCAUACUUACAGCACGAAACAAACGUCCUCAAUUUUAUCUUCGAUAGAAUGCAAUGAAGUAACAACAGAAAACUGUAAGGUUAAGCUUAAAAGCGCCGUGUGGGCCCAAGGAAUGGACCUCAAGAAGAUCGUUCUCUAUAACGUGGCCAGUGUGUUUGGAUUUGUCUGUCGUGGAGACUUCGGGAAACACAAUGAUGAAAUGGUUGACUUUAUUUUACAAAAUGCGGUGGAUCCAUUGGAAACUACUGAAGAAGAGAUUCAAGCUCUGAAAGACGUGAAACACUAUUUAGAUCUCGUGGCAGGUAUAACUGUGUCAAUUGAUAAACGCGCAGAAAGGAUUUUACGAAGUUACUUUUUAGCAGCUCGUAAAGAAAAUUCUAGAGGCGUGUCGGUAGGCAGUAUGUCAGCUUUACUAUCGGCGAGCCUUACCUCGGCUCGAUUAUGUCGUAGAUCAGUAGCCAACGUUGAGGAUGCAGUGUUCGCAAUAUGGCUUCAUGUGAGCGGUAGUCCGGAACCUCGAUUCGCCCCCGAAGAAUAUCUUCAAACUCCAGCUGACGUCAAGAAAUUGCACAAAAUAAUGGAUAGUUUUAAAGAAUGGCUGGAGCAGUUUAUUGGUGGCGUCAUAAGUUUUAUGUAAACUUUUUUCCUUGUAGAUAAUUUUAAUUCAACACGCAAUUCUGUGUUUAAAUUUUCCUGCUAUUGUUUUGUUUUUCAUGCACUAUACCUAAAUAGAAACCAUUUUGAUAUGUUAUUUAUUAAUACCACCUACACGUCAUUUCAAAUUAAAUAAUAAUUCACAAA